AUGGCUAAGAUGUCGGCUUCCGGUGGGACCCUGUCAUUUACCCCAAAGGCCGACUCGUAUUUCUAUGAGUCGUUUUCAUGCCGCAAGACAACUGCCGACGGAUACAACGCCAUCUCUUUCGUGGCUCAGGCCCCGGCUGCUGGGUCUUCGAUGACGAUAGAGAUCCAGACGAAUCCCUCUUGCGAUGCCGGGACUACCUACAAGAGCGCUUACUAUGGCCUGACCGGGAUUGGUACCACGCAGAAGACCUUCACCGUGCCUCUGAGCUCUUUUGUCGGCACUGAAGCGCCGAAGCUCGACUUUGUCUCGACUUUUGCCUUCAGCGUCUUCUCUUCAACCAAGGAAGGAUGGAAGCUGAGCAAUAUCCAGCUUGUGUGCAACCCUUCAAGUGUACCGUCAUCCUCGGUUGCGCCAACGCCGGCCACCUCGACGACCGCCGGGGCCAGCACAGUCUCUCCCACUUCCACUCGUGCUCCUACGGCCCAGUCCACCUCUGCUGUAGCCACCACCGCGACCUCGUCGACCUCGGCAGCCCAGCCUUCGGCCGGCACAUGCAAGACACAGGUUAUUGACGACUGGCAGUCACAGUCGCGCCUGACCUUCCUGUACUACAACGCCAUGUUGAAGCCAUCCAGCGACGAGGGCUCCAUGAACUCCAUUGUGGUCGGAACCAAUAACAGAGUCACACUGAACCCCAAGGACAAGUCCUCGUACUUCUACAGCCAGACUGGCUGCACCAAUGCCAAGGGUAUCUAUGGCGGCAUCUCGUUGAAGAUUAAGGCAUCUUCCGGGGCCAAGUUCGCGGUCCAGCUUGCCUCGGUCAAAUCGUGUGACAGCUCCGACCAGGCUGGGUCGGGAUACAGGAGCACCACCGAACUCGGCUGGACAUUUGACGGCUCCGAGAAGCUUUACCAUAUCGACUUUGCCAAGUUCCCCGAGGUUGACUUCACCAAGCUCAACACGGUGCUCUUUGCCGAGCUGCCUGGCACCGUAGUCUUGGGCCCCAUGGCCUUCUACUGCGGCAGCCAAGUGGCCGAGUACAGCGUUCCCAAGUACACUUACCCCGCCGUGCCCUCGGCGACAGUCGCUGCCCCUAACGGCCCGGCCCAGGCAACCAUGGUGAUCGAUACGUUUUCGAACAAGAACACGAACAACCAGGGCGGAUGGCACGGCGGCGACGAUGCUAUGAAGCUCGUCUGGGGAACCAACAAGCUGACCAUCACAUCCACGGAUGCCGACUACGCCUUCUACAGCAACCUGGGAACAACCUGCAAGGACAUUACCAGCUUCGACGGCGGCUACCUCCACAUCCAGUACAGCGGCAGCACCAAGUUCACCAUCGCCCUUCAGCAACAUAACUCCAACUGCGAUGAGACCAUUGCGCCCUUCCCCGAGACCUGGGACUCGAUCGAGGCUGCACGUUAUGCUAGCAACGGUCACAUCUACAUCCCAAUGUCACACUUCAACAUUGAGCGCAAGCGCGCCCUCGCCGUGGCCCUCAAGGGGUUCUACUCGAGCGACCCCGUCACUCUGUCCAAGAUUGAGAUCGUCAACAAGGUCCCCAGCGGCUUCAAGAUCCCCAGCAAGCUGGCGACGGGCAACCUCGUCUUUGCCUGCAAGCGACCCAACUCGUUCGCGUUUGCCAUUGACGACGGCGCCCCGAACCUGGCGCCGCAGGUCAUGGACAUCAUCCGCGACGAGGGCAUCAAGGUAACCUUCUUCACUGUGGGCGCGCCGCUCGAGGACCCCGGAACCAACCUGAGCACCAUCUACCGCGACAUGGUUUCGCAGGGCCACCAGCUGGCGCUGCACUCGUACACGCAUCCCAAGAUGGAGGGCCUGCCCAGCAACGACGCCAUCGACUGGGAGUACGCCGAGGACAUCCAGGCCGUCAAGGACCAGUUCAACGGCUACACCAGCAAGUACUUCCGCCCACCUUUCGGGAACGAGGGUGCCCGCAUGAGGCAGCGCCUGGUGGCCAACACGGGGUCCGACAGCGCCUACAUUGUCAACUGGAGCGUCGACGUCGAGGAUUGGCUCUGGGCCGAGUCCUCGACGCCCGAGAAGCAGCUCGACGCCUUCAAGCGCGACGUCGCCAAGGGUGGAAACCUGGUCGUGCUGCACUAUCUCUACCCCAGCACCGUCAGCUACCUGAGGCAGUUCAUCCAGCUGGCAAAGGCCACCGGCAAGAACCUCAUGCGGGUCGACCAGUGCAUGGAGGACCCCAACGCACCUCCUUUGUAAAUCGUUUCAGCCUUGGAGCGGUUAUGGCUAAUUUAGACAGCAAGCCAGCUAAGGAGGUUAUGUGUGGAUUUCAUCGGGAGGCUGAUGUUGUGGGCGAUUGCAGAUCAUUCAUCUCGUCGUGAUUUGUUG